AUGGCUAAUGGGUUACUACUUCACCGACGCAGACCCAACAAUAUUUGGGCCUACCCUGGUAGUUAUCCAAUCAAAUCCAGACCUCAGCCGCAUCUCCACCGCGAGCCUCACUCUCCGUUCCUAGGUUUUCCGAUCUCAGCAGCCAUGGGGAAGACGCGUGGUAUGGGAGCUGGUCGCAAGCUGAAGUCCCACCGGAUAAGGCAAAGGUGGGCUGACAAGGCUUACAAGAAAUCUCACCUCGGGAAUGAGUGGAAGAAACCAUUUGCUGGCUCGUCUCACGCCAAGGGCAUCGUGCUCGAGAAAAUAGGCAUUGAAGCUAAGCAGCCGAACUCUGCCAUUCGUAAGUGUGCUAGGGUUCAGCUGAUUAAGAAUGGAAAGAAGAUUGCAGCUUUUGUCCCUAAUGAUGGUUGCUUGAACUACAUUGAAGAAAACGAUGAGGUGUUGAUUGCUGGAUUUGGACGUAAGGGACAUGCAGUGGGAGAUAUUCCCGGUGUUCGGUUUAAGGUGGUGAAGGUUUCGGGUGUUUCGCUUCUGGCUCUGUUCAAGGAGAAAAAAGAGAAGCCUAGGUCUUAA